AACAUUCAAAAGAACUAUUAAGUAUCCUGGGUAGUAUAUUUAAAGUACAGUAGUAAUUAUUAUGAUUGCUAACAAAAAUACUAACUACAUUUUUGAGUGCUUAUUCUGAGCCAGAUAUCACAUUAAUGGCUUUAUCCAGAUUAUCUCACUUGGUCCUCAUGAUGGUCCUUUGAGACAAAUACUGUCAUCUCUAUAGAUGAACUGGGAUUCUGAGAAGUGAAGAAACUUGUUCAAAGUCAUACAGCCAAUAAAUGAUGGUUACCACUAGUGUGUCUUUGACCGAUUCAGCACAAAAUGAACAUUAUUAAGGAAAAUAAGGACUUAGCAUGUUUCUACACAACAAAACAUUCAUGGAGGGGGAAGUAUAAGCGUGUCUUUUCAGUUGGAACCCAUGCGAUUACUACAUAUAAUCCCAAUACCUUAGAAGUAACAAAUCAGUGGCCUUAUGGAGACAUUUGCAGCAUCAGUCCUGUAGGAAAAGGACAAGGAACAGAGUUCAACCUCACAUUUCGUAAAGGCAGUGGAAAAAAGUCAGAAACGUUAAAAUUUUCUACAGAGCACAGAACAGAACUUCUUACAGAAGCAUUGAGAUUUAGAACUGAUUUUUCAGAAGGAAAAAUCACAGGAAGGAGAUAUAACUGCUAUAAGCAUCACUGGAGUGAUACAAGAAAACCUGUCAUUUUGGAAGUAACACCAGGAGGCUUUGACCAAAUUAACCCUGCAACAAACAGAGUCCUCUGUUCCUAUGACUAUAGAAAUAUUGAAGGCUUUGUAGAUCUCUCUGAUUAUCAAGGAGGGUUUUGUAUACUUUAUGGAGGAUUUAGUAGAUUGCAUUUAUUUGCAUCAGAGCAAAGAGAAGAAAUUAUCAGAAGUGCAAUAGAUCAUGCUGGCAACUAUAUAGGUAUUUCAUUGCGGAUCAGAAAAGAACCUUUAGAAUUUGAGCAAUAUUUGAAUCUUCGAUUUGGCAAAUACAGCACUGAUGAAUCCAUCACAUCUUUAGCAGAAUUUAUAGUCCAGAAGAUAUCACCUAGACAUUCGGAACCUGUAAAAAGAAUUCUAGCGCUUACAGAAACAUGUUUAGUAGAACGUGAUCCAGCAACUUAUAAUAUUGCAACAUUGAAGCCCUUAGGAGAAGUGUUUGCAUUGGUUUGUGACUCAGAAAAUCCACAGCUUUUUACCAUUGAAUUUAUAAAAGGCCAAAUACGGAAAUACUCCUCAACAGAGAGAGAUUCCUUAUUGGCAAGUUUGCUGGAUGGAGUAAGAGCCUCUGGUAACAGAGAUGUUUGUGUGAAAAUGACAUCAACUCAUAAAGGUCAGCGAUGGGGGUUACUCAGCAUGCCUGUCGAUGAGGAGGUAGAGAGCCUUCAUCUCAGAUUCUUGGCUACACCUCCAAAUGGCAACUUUGCAGAUGCUGUGUUCAGGUUCAACGCUAACAUUUCAUAUAGUGGAGUUCUGCAUGCAGUGACGCAGGAUGGUCUCUUCUCAGAAAACAAAGAAAAACUGAUCAAUAAUGCCAUAACGGCAUUAUUGUCCCAAGAAGGGGAUGUUGUUGCUUCAAAUGCAGAACUUGAGAGUCAGUUCCAGGCUGUGAGGAGGCUUGUGGCUUCCAAAGCUGGUUUUCUAGCUUUUACUCAGCUUCCAAAGUUUCGGGAGCGUCUUGGAGUGAAGGUAGUAAAAGCACUCAAGAGGAGCAACAAUGGAGUAAUCCAUGCAGCUGUUGAUAUGCUCUGUGCCCUCAUGUGUCCCAUGCAUGAUGACUAUGAUUUAAGACAAGAACAGCUAAACAAAGCUUCUCUUCUCUCUUCAAAGAAGUUUCUGGAAAACUUACUGGAGAAAUUUAAUUCCCAUGUGGAUCAUGGGACUGGUGCCCUAGUUAUUAGUUCACUCUUGGACUUCCUUACUUUUGCCCUGUGUGCUCCAUAUAGUGAGACAACAGAAGGGCAGCAGUUUGAUAUGCUCUUGGAGAUGGUAGCAUCCAAUGGAAGAACACUCUUUAAACUCUUUCAGCAUCCUUCCAUGGCAAUUAUAAAGGGAGCUGGAUUGGUUAUGAAGGCAAUAAUAGAGGAAGGUGACAAAGAAAUUGCUACAAAAAUGCAGGAGCUUGCCCUAAGUGAAGGUGCCUUACCUCGACACUUGCAUACUGCGAUGUUUACAAUAAGCUCAGAUCAAAGGAUGCUUACAAAUAGACAGCUAAGUAGACAUUUAGUUGGACUCUGGACAGCUGAUAAUGCAACUGCAACAAAUUUGUUGAAACGCAUUUUGCCCCCAGGCUUGCUGGCAUAUUUGGACAGCUCCGAUCCAGUUCCUGAGAAGGAUACCGAUAGGAUGCAUGUUAGAGAUAAUGUGAAAAUAGCAAUGGAUCAGUAUGGAAAAUUUAAUAAAGUUCCAGAGUGGCAAAGACUAGCUGGAAAAGCUGCUAAAGAAGUUGAAAAAUUUGCCAAAGAAAAAGUGGAUCUUGUCUUAAUGCACUGGAGGGAUAGAAUGGGCAUUGCACAAAAAGAGAAUAUAAAUCAAAAGCCAGUAGUUCUUCGAAAGAGAAGACAGAGAAUAAAAAUAGAAGCAAACUGGGAUCUCUUCUAUUAUAGGUUUGGUCAGGACCAUGCCAGGUCAAACUUAAUUUGGAAUUUCAAAACACGAGAAGAAUUGAGAGAUAGUCUUGAAUCUGAAAUGAGAGCAUUUAAUAUUGAUAGAGAGCUUGGUAGUGCUAAUGUUAUCUCCUGGAACCACCAUGAAUUUGAGGUUAAAUAUGAGUGCUUGGCAGAGGAGAUCAAAAUAGGUGAUUAUUACCUGAGAUUACUAUUGGAGGAAGAUGAGAAUGAAGACAGUGGAUCAAUUAAACGAUCGUAUGAAUUUUUCAAUGAACUUUAUCACCGUUUCCUGCUCACCCCAAAAGUAAACAUGAAGUGUUUAUGUUUACAAGCCCUUGCUAUUGUUUAUGGCAGAUGUCAUGAAGAAAUAGGACCUUUUACAGAUACGAGAUAUAUCAUUGGAAUGUUAGAAAGGUGUACAGAUAAACUUGAACGGGAUAGGUUGAUCCUCUUCCUUAACAAGUUGAUCCUUAAUAAGAAAAAUGUUAAGGACCUGAUGGAUUCAAAUGGAAUUAGAAUCCUUGUGGAUUUGCUUACCCUUGCACACCUCCAUGUAAGCCGAGCUACAGUACCACUGCAGAGCAAUGUGAUUGAAGCUGCUCCAGAUAUGAAGAGAGAGAGUGAAAAGGAAUGGUAUUUUGGCAAUGCAGACAAAGAAAGGAGUGGGCCAUAUGGAUUUCAUGAGAUGCAGGAAUUGUGGACCAAAGGAAUGUUAAAUGCAAAAACCAGAUGCUGGGCUCAAGGCAUGGAUGGAUGGCGACCACUUCAGGCAAUACCCCAGCUUAAGUGGUGUCUGUUAGCCAGUGGACAGGCUGUACUAAAUGAAACUGACCUUGCUACCCUGAUAUUGAACAUGUUGAUUACAAUGUGUGGAUAUUUUCCAAGCAGGGAUCAAGAUAAUGCCAUCAUUCGGCCUUUACCCAGAGUGAAAAGAUUAUUGUCAGACAAUGCUUGCCUUCCCCAUAUUAUUCAGGUAAGUUACUUUUAUGUAAUAAACUGGAAGUAAUAUUUUAAGAAUCAUUUUCCCUUAUUUAACUGUAUUGUGACCACCAGUCUUUGUUUUAUUGUAGUCUAUUCCAUUUUCAGAAAACAUGAAUUACCGUGGAAGGCUGUACAUCCAAGAGCCUAGAAUUGGGAAGGCUCCAGGCUCCAGAAUUAUUCUCAAAAUGUUUUAUUUAUUAUCCGUUCUUAAAAAUCACAACAGCAUAAUAACUG